UCCAACUCAUACUAAUUUAAUUUCACCCCUAUAUCCUCUUUCUACCUCCAUUUAUAUCUCAAAAAACUCAUCACAAUUAUCACAUUGUUAGUUUGAAAAGGAAUCCUACCAAACAACAACCUCUACCUUAACAUAUCCAACCAUCUUUGUAUAUUUUUUUUCUUCUUCUAAACACCUAAUUUUCUAACUUUGUUGUAUUUUCGAUUCUCAUAACACAAAAAAUAAAAUCAAACUCCCUCUCUUUUUCUAUAUCAUAUAUUAUUAUAUAUUUAUAUUAUAUUAUAUCAAUCUAAUUUAGGAGGUUACUUGCUAUAAUGUCUUCCAAUUCCAACAUGAAAAGCCUUAUGAGAACAUUAUUCACAUCAAAUGGAAGUUGUGGAUGUACAAAAAACAAAGCAAUUGAAGUACACGAGCCAAUUCAAAAGCCCAAAAUUUCCAUUAACCAAAAGACAAAUCCAACAAGUAGUAAAGCUUCUUCCACUACAACUUCCGGGGAACGAAACGGCGGCAUUUGCAGCGUCGACGACGACGAUUUCUCGACAACCACUGUCUCGGAAGCCGAGACAACACAAAACUACUCUGCACCCAAACAGAGCCCAUUAUUGAACACUGUGGUGGUUGAGAAAGACUCUGAGGAUCCAUAUCAUGAUUUCAAACACUCUAUGCUUCAAAUGAUUUUCGAGAAUGAGAUCGAUUCGGAAGAUGAUCUUCACGAUCUUCUUCGCUGUUUUCUUCAUCUCAAUGCCACUUGUUACCACCAUGUCAUCGUUAAAGCGUUCGAUGAAAUUUGUCUUGAAGCUUUUCCUGACAAGGUUAGUAUCACUCCGAUCGCUGAUAAACUUUCAGCGAUCGGAUGAAAUUUGAAAAAAUUGAAUUAACAAUAAAAAUUAAAAAUAAAAAUAUUUUUAAAUUGUCCGUCUCUAAUCUUUAGAGACAAAAUUAGAGAUAGUUUUAUUUUAUUAUUUUUCUCUUUUUUAGUUGUUAAUUUUAUUUUUCCUAGUAGCAUGGAUUAUAGAAAAGUGUGAUUACAUCAGCAUGGCAUACAAGUGGUGGUGGUGAAAGUAAUUCUUGCAUCAACAUAUAAAUUGAAAAUAUUAAAUGUAUUAAAGUAAUAUAUAAUGAAAAAACGUUUAUUUUGAUAUUAGUUUUUAUAUUUUUAUUUUUUUUAUUUUAAAAAUAUUGUGUUUGCACUAGAGCUAGGCCACGUUUACCCAUUGAAUUAAAAAUGGGGAAGAAGCUACGUGUAAACAUAAUUUUGUGUGAUUAAUUAUUUGUGUGGGGUUGAAAGUUGCUGGGGCUUGGUGAAAAAUAUUAAAGUAGAAGCUUGUGAAUCAAGAUUGGAUGUCUUUGUAUUCAGGAAGAGAUUUGAUUGAUAUUUUUUUCAUUUGUGUUUCUAUUGCUUUUACAAAUUCAACGUAAGCAUUUAUUCGAAGUAAUGUACUAUAGUCAAUGUAUAUGAAUGAAUUCUAGGUGGUGCUUACUCGAUCUAUAUGGUGUGCCUAUGCUCAAUUUUUGUAGAUGAGGACUUUUGUAGAUGAGGUGAUUAAUGGAUCUAUGCUAAUGCUAUAUAUGCUCAAUUUUGUAGA